GAAUUGAAAAUGAUUAAAAUCUGAUAAUUCUGAUAUCGGACAUAUAAAUAAUUUUAUCACAAAUUUUGCCAAAUUGCGAAUUUGAGUAUGAAGAUAAAAUGAAGGAUGGUCUGUUGAUAGAGCAGGUGUCAGGAUUCCCACAGUUAUAUGCUAAAUCAGACGCGAGGAAUAAAAACAAUCGUCUGAGGGAGAACGCAUGGAAAACCAUUGGAGUUAUCUUGGAAGGGCCACCUGAGGCAUGUGAACACCGAUGGAAGAUACUGAGAAACAAGUAGACAGCACUGAGGAGGGAAGCCAUGCAAACUCCAUCAAGUUGUUGGUCCACUGAAAUAACUUGACCAUAUUUCAAGCUGAUGAGUUUCCUGGACCCAUAUUUGCAGACAAGAAAGUCUUUUUCCAAUGUAAGAUUAAAAAAUGUAGAGGCAAAUGAGUGGGACUCAUUAUCCCAAAUGAUAGUAGAAGAUAAUACAGAAAAAAAACAUUGCUCUGAUGUUGAAUCUGAACCCACUUGCUCAUCUCAGAGUAAUACGGUACAAACACCAGUACAAACAUCAAGUGGAAAACCAGCUGCUGCACAAUCUCAGCAGAGAAAAAGAGAAUUUGUUUCGGCAAUACCAAGAAACACACUGCCCUCAAAAAAAACUAAAUCGGAAAUCCUAACAGGAAAAAUUAGUGGAUGUUUCGAUAUGUUCCAAAAAGUUUUGGAAAACAACAUUUCAAAACCAGCAACAGUAAAUAAUGAUCACGAACAUUUUGUGAGAAGUUUGGUGACAGAUUUGAGUAUAUUCUCAAAUAGAAAUAAAAUCAUUAUAAAAAGACAAACAUAUAAUGUUGUUGCAGAUUAUCUUCUGUUAAAGGAAAAUGAUAAUAAUUGAUGAAUCCUCACACAAUUCAAAAAUUUUGUGAUAGUUCUAUAAGAAAGCCAUGUUUCAGUUCCUAUUUUGUGAUACAUACCUAGAUGUUUCUUGUACCUGGCAAUUUUAUUAUGUUGUAAACUUUGAGAAUGUUUGUUUAUUUUUCGAAGGUUGUUUUUUGUACCUGAUUUUUGCUCAAAGUACAAUCUAGUUGAGUUAUUAGUAUUUUUUUAAUUUUG